UGUGUGUGUGUGCGCGCAGCGGUACACAGGCACACGGUUCCCCGGGUAUCAGAGCACUCCUCUCCGGGUUCAGAGAACAUGGAACUCUCGGCGACGGGAGAUCGAGUUUUCGCCGCCGAAUCGAUCCUGAAACGCCGCAUCCGGAAGGCUCGACUUGAGUACCUUGUGAAAUGGAAAGGAUGGGCAAUGAAGCACAGCACCUGGGAGCCAGAGGAGAAUAUUCUGGAUGACCGGCUGAUACUGGGCUUCGAGCAAAAGGAACGGGACAGGGAGAUCCACGGGCCGAAGAAACGAGGACCAAAACCCAAAAAACAUGCCAUGAAGGCGAACGCUCCGACCGGAGGAAGCCGAGCCUCAAACUCCCGCCUGACUGCGGCGCGCUCCACACCGGGCCGAGCGACUCCUUCCUCCUCCUCGCCUCAUCCAACCUCUUCGUCCUCCACCGUGGCUCCCUCUCCCAAGCUCAGCUCCCUGGCCACCACCCACAAGCUGAAGAAAGACAUCCACCGCUGCCACCGGAUGUCCCGGCGCCCGCUGCCCCGGUCCGACCCCUUGGCUGCAUCCUUCCCGGGCCAGCCCUCCAGAGUCCACGUCUCCCCGUUCUCCGAGACCGUCCGCAUCCUCAACCGCAGAGUCAAGCCCCGGGAGGUGAAGCGAGGUCGCAUCAUCCUCAACCUGAAGGUCAUCGACAAGCCGGGUCGCGGCGGCGCAGCGGGACGGAACAUCUCAGUGGGGGGGCGGCAAAACAUCCCGUCCCGCAACCGCAUCAUCGGGAAGAAAGGGGAGGCCCCCUACAGGCCUUUCCAGCCCCCGCUGAAGAUGCUGGGCUUCCCCAUGUACGGGAAGCCGUUUGGGCUGCAGUGUGGAGGACCAGUGACCUUCAGCUCUGCCUCCUCCCAGUAUAACUCACCCCCCUCCCAGUUUAACUCAGCCCCCUCCCAGUUUAACUCAGCCCCCUCCAGCUCUGAAGGAAAAUCUGCUCAGUCCCACCCCGCAACAGGAGUCUCCCCCCCUUCCAGCAAAGCUCCAAAGUCCAGUAACGCUGGUGGUGCCCAGUGUGAGGUGCAACGUUCCCCCCCCGCCUCACCGUCGUCCUCUUUGGAAGACCAGGAGGAGGACGCCCCCCUGAAAGGAAACGCCAGCUGCCCGACGACCAGAGCCCCGGCAACGAGACCCCCGCGGAACCCCAAAUAGCCCCCGCCGAGGGAGACCCCAACUGGCACCCUGAGAUGGCUCCGAGCUGCAAGGACGUGGUGGUCACUGACGUCACCACCAACCUCCUCACCGUCACCAUAAAGGAGUUCCCCUCCCCGGCCUCACCCUCCACUGAAAACGCCUCUGCCCCUCCCCCCGGCACCCCAUCCGAAGACCCCGAGCCAUAGGAGAUCCCAUGUUGUGAAGGCAGAUGUGCCCCAGAUAGUCCGCCUGCAGCUCUAGAGUCCUGCUGAGAACCCGGACAGGUUGAGACCCCAAAGUGUUGUAGAAGUCUAUCGUAGGGGUCUCCAGUACAUCCUACUAUACUAAUAAGAGGGUCCUCAACCGGUACGGGUUCACAGCAGGACUCUGAGCUGCAGACGGACUAUAGAGGGACAUGGACAAAAAAACAACAACAGGUUAGCAAGUUAUUGUCUGGGGCUCAAGAGUUAGUCUCAGAUACUCUGAGGGUCACAGACAAGGUUUACAGAUUCUGGACAGUGGUAAUACCUCGGUAAACAUUUAAAGCCCCCCCUUUAGACAUUUAGGGAUUUGUGAUAUUGGGCUAUAGAAACACAAUAUGACAGAUCGAUUGUCCGAGCGCUGACAGCCAUAGCUCUUCACCCCUGCAGCAAAUGUCCUUACAGUGAGGUCCGAGUCACAGGACGAUACCUCGUGGGCACGACUUGUUUUUUUGUCCAUGUCCAAAUCUGUACAAAUGCCAAUUGAUGAUGGAGGAGAAAUAUCAGUGUUGCCACUUAAGCCCCCUCCUCCCCCUUCCCUUUAGUGUGUUUAGUACCUGAACACCGCCCAGCCAUUGAAUCGUACAGAAAGAGCAUAUUUUUUUUAUAAGAAGCGUAUACAUCUGAACACGGGCAGCUAAUACGCCCUCAAAUUGCCAUAUUUUGUCCUCUUGCACAGCACUGACUCUCCGACUGUUGGAUUGAGGUGCCGUUUGUUUCCUUUCACACACACACACACACACACACACACACACACACACACACACACACACACACACACAAACAGACACACACACACACACACACACACACACACACACACACACACACACGCUGGGUUCAGUUUGUGUGUGUGCUGAGCCUCCAACACAUGUGAAAGAAACAAAAGGCACUUUGUCCUCCACAGGUGAGAGGCCCCUCCCUGCCCCCUCAGCCUGAUUGGAGGUCCAGCUCGUUAGUGAUAAAGGGGAGUGUUGCACAGCUGGACUCUCUCACACUGCAUCACAGCGAGGUAAACGCCAUGCACUUGACUGCAUCGAUCGAUUUCAUGCAGUACUCUGAUAUUUCAAGGCAUUUUCCUCCUGCUCUCUUGAACGCAUAUUCAGUGUUUAUAUGCACGCACAACCUGACAAGCUAACCAGUAAGUUAUUGUUCUCUCUCUCUCGCUCACUCGCCUUCUCACAAAGCCCCCGCCUGUCACUCGUCCGACGCGACUCCAAACCGGCCCGCAGCAUUUCCUCAGAUCUCAGUGAAGGUCCAUAAGCUGAACACACUUCAGGCUUUUAUAAUCCAGUGUGAACAUCAGUCCCUGGGGAUGCCUGUCCGUUGCGCUCUCAUCAGACGGCUUUGCAGAGAGUGUGUUUGAGAGGAGGUCAAAGCCCGACGCUAAGGCUCACCAACCCCAGAAGACCCCUUUAAUACAACUGGUCUGUAGGAUGUAAAGCCCUGAAAUAGCAGAACACGUGCUGCUCUUUGGCCCCAGUGGAUGCUUUUAAUGAUCCCUAAUGAUACAGGUCUAUCGGCCCUUUAUGUUUGAUGUAUGAAACAGAGUUACGUCAUUAUCUGGGGGGGGGAAUAAUGAUCUUAAUUAAAGAAUGAGUUUUAACAAGAAACCAGGAUAAAAAAUGUGGAUGAACGGAACGUUAUUGAUCUGAUUAAUUUGAGAGAACAUCAUCACGUUAAUUCAUUGGGUUUUAUAUCUUUUGUUAUAUUGAGAUCCAUUUUAUUACAGAUAUGAAUCAUUUUAAUGCAGAUUUUCCCCCUAAAAUGUUAAAGUGAUGCCAGGAAACAAUCCCUCUGUUGGUCAGAAAGGGUUUACUGAGUCCAGAGAUAUGGAGCUGGGGUCAGACGUCUGGUCGGACGGCAGAGACAGCUUACGGAGAAUAAAGAGGGGAUGGAUUUGCUUUCUCUAAACCAAUGAAUGACCUGCCGCAGGUAAAUCAAAUCCAGGUGAAAAUGAAACCGGUGUUUGAUGAAAGAGAAACUCAGACUGGGUCCUCGAUGACUUCCAGACUGGGUCGUGCUCCUCUGAAGGGAUUGAAGGCCCUCGGCUGCUUCUGUGCUGUGUCAGUGGUGGGUAGAUGUGUGAGCUUAAUGCCAUGUUUCCAACCUUUAGAGCAGUGCUUUUUAUUCCUUAUCAGCACAACUUAGUGGCCUCUCUUUCAACCAAAUAGGGCUCUUGAUUUUAUUAUUUCUAAGCUUUUCUUUCCUUUUCAAUCGUCUCAUAUGUGAUGUCAUUAUAAGUGCUUAACGGGCGCUGAUUGGAGAAAAGGAAGGAACCUUUAAAUGUUGAUAAAUGAAUUAAAAGCUGUUUUUUUAAUGCUUCUUUUCUAAAUAUGCAUAAUAAUGUGAUGCUGUUUAUUUGAAUGCCAUUUAUUUUGUAUUAGUCCAAUAUGGGUUUGACGAGACAAACUGGACUGGUUUUAAUGUUUGUCUGGUUUGAAGCUAAUAAUGUACAUGUAUUGAUGCUGAUAUGGAGGAUAAUGGACUUCUGACGCAUGUUUUGCAGACCCUUAUUGUACAGAUUAUUGUCAUGUUUCCUGUCGUUGCUUUCUGUGUGUUUUCUUGUACGAGGCUUUGAAUUAAAAGCUGUUUAAAAUUCA